AUGCCGAGCUGGUUCAUGUUUAAUAUUGAUGACCGAGAGAAGGCACACGGUGUUCAGUGGAAAUUGCCGGAGUUCAUCUUUAGCGGCCAUGAAUGGAUAGUCAAACUUCUUGCCCGUGUUGCGCUCCCAAGCGCAGACUCUCCUGAGGAUAUACCCAGCUACUACUCUACGGUCUCGAAGGACAAGUGGCAUGAACUUGGCGCACUUUCCGUCCUCCCUCCUGAAAUCAUCGCCAUCAUCUUCUUGCACAUCGACUUCACGGAUGACGCCGUAUGUUUUGCGGUCGCUCAUCGCCUGCUCGGCUACGAGGGAUAUCGGGCAGUCGUAGAGCUACGUCAAUGGGAGUGGGACCACCUUGGCAGCUGGAGAGGCGCUCGCAUCAUCACCGUUAGCUCCGAGAUCGUAAAUCUGCCGAAGGGGAUGCUCAAUGACGCCGAGAAGGACGAGUUCGAGAAACUGAAGAGUGAGCAUGGCCUCUUCUGGGGUAUGGACAAGCGAUCGAAAUGGGCCGCGCCGGACGACAUGGCCGAGUUCUAUGAGUUCUGGGGUUUAAAGCCUGCGCAGGACCGUGUAUCGCAACACCGCGGUGACGAGUUGCGCGUGCGACUUCUCUUCAAGGACACGGACCCGUACUACGCGCCUCAGGAAACAUGGGCUCUCUGCAACCUGGACACGAUGGAGUACAUAUGUGCGAAGGCUAUAGCUGACAUAAGAGGGAAAAUCUGGGGGAAGCAUCGUGGACCUUGGAACGGUUGCCAUCAUCUUGACGUCUCGGCCUUGUUGGCAAGAGGGUGGUCAAUGGGCAGGCCAUCGUCUCGUGAUCUGUCGCGUUCAGACGCUCGAAGAGGAGGAAUGGGAAGAUGUUUCCGAAGCUUUGUUUCACGCAUGUAA